AUGAAUUGGUCUCAGCAACUCAAAGAGGUUGUUAUAACUAUUCCAACUCUUCCUAAUACGUCAUCCGGUGUUAAAGUCUCUCUAAUCAACAAACAUCUCAAAGUAACUCAACAAAAUCAGACUUUGCUUGAUAAAACAAUAGCUAAUCCUAUCUUAGAAGAUGAAAUGUGCUGGACAGUUGAUAAUGAUGAGAUUGAAAUAGUCCUCUAUCGAGACUCCGUAAUGAAUUGGGACAUUCUCUUUGAAGGAGAUAAACCCCUUAGUUCUGAAGAACUCCCACCAGCCACAAUAACUAACUUAUCCCAACUGGAUGAUGAAACCAGACAAAAAGUCCAGAAGAUGAUGCAUGAGAAUCAGAAAUAA